AUAAACACCUAAUCUCGACUUUGCUCAUCUUUUGUAAUCAAUGUCAAUGAUCUUUGAUGAUUAUGUUGCGUUGAGUAGUUUUUCGUUAUUGGUUUUCAUUUUUCAAUAUUAUUCUGACGUUCUGUGAGCAAUGGCCCACUUAGAAUACCACGGGACAAACACCGCACCUUCCAAAUUUUACAAAAGCGUCCACCGAUGCAAAAAAUGUCCAUACUACACAAAAUCCAUAUUCUUCAUGAAAAACCAUGUCCGACGCCACAAAGUCCACCAUAAAUUCAACUGUGGCGAGAUUCUGGAGACUUUUUCAUGCUACGAGUGCCGCUUUACCACCCACCUAAUCACAUGCUUCAACCAGCACAUCCAACACUACCACCACCAUAUCAACCAAAAAGAAACCAAAUUCCUACUCACGCGAUACACUUGCACCAACUGUGUCUUCCAAACUCAUUUCGCUCUCUCGUGGCUCAAACACCAAAUCACUUGCACAAAAACCGCUACCAAACCACACUGUAUAUCCACAAUAAACACACAGCUAAAAAUACAGUCAUAUCAACAUAUAAAACCUGAAACGAACUACUCAUGCGACAAAUGUAACUACAAAGUGUCUCGUUUCAAAUGUUUGCAGAAUCACAUUCGGCGCCAACACCCUGCUUGGGACUCCAAGAAGUGGCUCGAAUGCGACCACUGCCCCUAUCGAUCCACUAAAGCCCAUGUCCUCCAAAAACACAUCAACAUGAAGCACACGUCCCCUGAAGACGCCGAAUGGUUUGAGUGUAACCACUGCCACUGGAAAACCCGACUUAAGGUUGUUUUACGGCGCCAUAUCCGGUACAACCAUCUGGAAGUGAAGUGGUUCCAGUGCAACCAUUGCGACUACAAGUCUAAAUUUGUGGCCAAUUUGCGGAAACACCUUGUCACGAAACACACAACCAAGGAAAAUAUUCAGUGGUUUCAGUGCGACAAGUGCGAUUAUAGAGCGAAGUUGAAACAGACAUUGAAGUAUCACGUGGAGACGAAGCACACGCCGGAGAUUAUGAAGUGUCCAAAGUGCACUUUUCGCACUGCUGUGGAGAGCAUUUUAACGAAGCACAGGAGGGAGAAACAUGGGAGUGGUGGUGGGGCUAAGGAGGUGAGGAGGUCCAUGUGGAGGAAGUGUGAGGAGUGUGGGGCGGAGAUCGAAAAAAACCACUGGAGUAGGCAUCAGAAGGAGGUACAUGGGGAUGUGAACGAGAUUCAGUGGUUUGAGUGCCAGAAGUGUACGUUUAAGUCGAAGAGGAAGCACUCGUUGAAGAGACACCAGGAGAAUCGGCAUUGACAAGGAGAUAUACAAGACUGUUUUGUAACAUUUUGGAAUAUUGUACAAGAUUUUGUAUUCUUUUAAUUAAUAAAAUUUUAUACUUUU